UCGCUGAUCCUAUUGGCUGUCUUCAGACUGAUCUGACCAAUCACAGUUGAUUUCUUUACCACGCUUAACGUGGGAAUAGAGUGAUCUUCUUGAAAGCACAUAACGUUACAGUAGCACACCGUUCAAGGUUACUGCUGCAGAUAAAUCACUCUUAAAUGGGGGUGCUUUCGGCGCUGACGCGGGGGCUCGUGAGAGGAGCUGACAGAAUGGCAGAGUUCACGAGCAAGCGCGGGCCCAGGACAUUCUACAAGAGCAGAGGCGCCAGACCCACUGGAGUCCUCACUUCCAGCAGAAAGUUCAUACCUGUACAGGCCAUGAUACCACAGUUUGUGGUGCCUAAUCUGGAAGGCUUUAACCUGAAACCCUACGUGUCAUACAAGACCCCAGCAGGGACAGAAGAGCCCAUGACUCCAGAGAAGCUCUUCAGUCAGGUGGUGGCCCCACAGAUCGAGAGAGACAUUGAGGAAGGGGUUUUCAAUGAGGAGAACCUUGAGAAAUACGGAUUGGAGAAAACACAGGAUGGGAAGCUGUUCAAGCUGUAUCCCAAGAACUUUGUUCGUUAGAUGGACUUUUAGUGAUUUGCAUUGGACUGUAAACAAAUGUGUGAUGUUUUGUUAAAAUUUUCCAUGAACAGACGUCAUUAAAGAUUAAAACCAUUUCA